GAAUUAUUUUGACAAUUGACUGAAUUGACAGCUUUCCAGUUCUUUUUCUGUCAUACCGUCAAAUAUGGCACCGACAGCCGAGAAAAAAACGAAAACGGUGAAGGGAUUGCCCGCGGUCCCCGAGUCCGUGCUGAAGCACCGCAAAAGGCGCGAGGCCUCGAGAGCUAAGCGACUCCAAUCUAUCGUGAAGAAAAAGUCCGAGCACAUCAAGAAGAGGAAAGACAUUUUUAAGAGGGCCGAACAAUACAUUAAAGAGUACAGGCUGAAGGAACGAGAUGAAAUUAGGUUGAUCCGCCAAGCCAAAAACAAGGGCAACUUCUACGUUCCAGCCGAAGCUAAAUUAGCUUUCGUCAUGCGUAUUAAGGGUAUCAACAAGGUUGCACCUAAAGUUCGCAAAGUCCUCCAACUGUUCAGACUUCUCCAAAUCAACAACGGAGUUUUCAUUCAGCUGAACAAGGCCACCAUCAACAUGCUUAGAAUAUGCGAGCCUUACAUUACCUGGGGUUACCCCAACUUGAAAUCGGUUAGAGAGCUGAUCUACAAGAGAGGUUUCGCCAAAGUUAACGGACAGAGAGUGCCCAUUACGAGCAAUCAAAUCAUCGAAGACAGGUUAGGCAAAUCGGGAAUUAUUUGCGUGGAGGAUUUGAUUCAUGAAAUUUUUACUGUUGGACCUAAGUUUAAGUACGCCUCUAACUUCUUAUGGCCAUUCAAGCUAAACACACCUACCGGUGGGUGGCGUAAGAAGACCAAUCACUACGUUGAAGGUGGUGACUUUGGUAAUAGAGAAGAUAAAAUAAACGAACUUCUCAGAAGAAUGGUGUAAUCCGUAAGAUUAUAUAAUAAAUUAUGUUGAGUAAA